UCGCGUUAACUAAGGGCGUAACAUGAACAGCUGUUAGUUCAGUUGCUUUCCCCCGAUAAAAACCUGCUUUGUGUCACUCUUGGCUGAACACAGCCUUUGGCCACUGGCACCACCAUACGUCACCAACCCCUAGCUAUAUCCCCCUCUAGCACAUACACUUAUUAAAAUAAGCAUCUCUUUUCUUUGCCAGUUUUACUAAAGGGGUUGUGUGGGUUGUUUAAUGGUCGUCCCGGCAACGGAGCCCCGUCCACAAGACCCGCGGCUGCCCGGCACGCUGACGUCCUACAUUGUACUUCCAUAAUUAGACAAUAUUUAAUUUAGAAAAUGUUCUAGUAAAGUGUCGGUUUAGUACAUCAACUUAUCACACCACAGAUUAUCAAUCAAAAUAAUGUAACUAAGUCCAAUAUGAAUAUGAUAGACAUACAAAGAAGCAACCGGACACUAUGACAUUGACGGACAGCUUUUCCGGGGAGAUAGCUAGCGCGACCGAUGAUUCUACAUCCAACUGGGAUCAACUAUACUGCUCCCAUCUUUGGUCAAAUAGCAAUCUACGGAAAACAAUACUCAACAAUGUUCAAAAUGUGGACGAUAGAGCGAUUACGUAUUGUUAUACUUGCAGGGGAAAGAUGAGAAAAUAUGACAUUAAAUCUCCACGAACUGAUUUCCGACCAAAUGAGCAUUCCACUCCAAACAUAAGAAUUUCUAAAGAGGUUAACUUACCGCUAGAUGACCCAAGAGAAGACUCCAUACGUGAAGAUAUUAGUAGGACAGAAGUUUUCUCGUGCAGAAAAAACUCCGCAAUCGCAGAGGUAGAAAUUAACCGUUGCAUUCCAUCAAUAUCUCAUCAAAUAGACUCAAGUAUUCGCCAAAAAUUUACUUCCUAUGAACCACAGCCUACUGAAAGUAAUCCUCGAAGACUUAGGAAAAGCCUAAAAGGCAUCGGAUGUAUCGUGAAUUUUGCUCUAACUGAACCCGUCAAGAAGCGGACUCAGAUCCAAGCGUGCUCAAUAAGUGUGAUGAUUGUUGCUAUUGUAGUUAUAAGUUUUGUUUUGGUGAAUUUUACUACUCCUAGUUCUACACGUGUAAAAGUAAUUAGUACAACUGUAGUGCCAACCCAACCCGUAAUUGUAAAUAAAACUUCGUCAGCAGUUAAAAAUAUCGCAUUACCGUCGGCACAACUGCCCGAAGUUGUCACCACUGAAAUAUCAUUGACAACAGAAGAUGAGUUUAGCAGUACAACUGAAAACAAUUCCUUAAUUAAUAAUGUUUUAUCUAAAAUCCGUAAGAAUAUAAGGACGUAUCCGAGAAACUCUAACAAAAGCAAAGAAAGCCAAAAACCAAAAGAUAUCAUAAAUCGAGACAUUAUAUCGCAAAGUUUCUGCUCGUGCCAAACAGAUGAAAUAUGCAUGCUAAACGAAAGCAGCGGAAUGCCAGAUUGCAGGAAAGCUAUCGACGUUGAUGAUCCUACUGGUUGUGGAGGUCUGUGUGCCUUGGAGACCGAGGCAUGUCAGCUAGUAGACAGACUGCGAGGCGUGCGUGUAUGCCGGCAGCUGAAUCUGGUCACGUGCUCGCCGCAGGAGUGGCGCUGUCGCAACGGGCUGUGCGUGCCGGCCGCGGCGCGCUGCGACGGUGCCGUGCAGUGCUACGAUAAGUCUGACGAGACGCAUUGCGAGUGUGAUCUAACGAAGCAGUUUCGUUGCGGUCACUUCAUAUCAUGUUUUCCCAACAACAAGCGAUGCGACGGGAUCAUCGACUGCUGGGACGGUUUCGACGAAGUUAACUGCACGACAGAAUGUCCCGAAGACCAGUUCACCUGCACAGACGGUCAAUGCAUCCUCGAGUCUCGCUUCUGCGACGGCUACGCGGACUGCCCGGACGGUAGUGACGAACCGCGUGGCUGCGACGGCGGUUGUAGCAAACACGAGCUGCAGUGCAGGAACCGCCGCUGCGUGUCUAACACCGUGAGGUGCGACGGCCAUGAUAACUGCGGCGACGCUACUGAUGAACUUAACUGCUCUUGAUGAU